GCGGGCAGCGCGGCGGCGGCGGCAUGCGUGCGCCCCGGCGGGCAGCCGCGGCGGCGUGCUCCAUCCUCACCCUGCUCCUGGCGCUGCGGGCCCAGGUGACUUUAGCGUCGGGACAGUUCGAGUUGGAGAUCUUAUCCAUGCAAAAUGUGAAUGGUGAACUGCAAAAUGGAAAUUGCUGCGAUGGCACCCGAAACCCAGGAGAUAAAAAAUGCACCAGAGACGAGUGUGACACCUAUUUUAAAGUUUGCCUGAAGGAGUAUCAGUCGCGGGUCACUGCUGGCGGUCCUUGCAGCUUCGGAUCCAAAUCCACUCCUGUCAUCGGAGGAAAUACCUUCAAUUUAAAGUACAACCGGAAUAAUGAAAAGAACCGGAUCGUUAUCCCCUUCAGCUUUGCCUGGCCGAGAUCCUACACAUUGCUUGUUGAGGCGUGGGAUUACAAUGAUAACUCCACAAACCCCGACCGCAUCAUUGAGAAGGCGUCGCACUCGGGCAUGAUCAACCCCAGCCGGCAGUGGCAGACGCUGAAGCACAACGCGGGCGCCGCGCACUUUGAGUACCAGAUCCGCGUCACCUGCGCCGAGCACUACUACGGCUUCGGCUGCAACAAGUUCUGCCGGCCCAGGGACGACUUCUUCACCCACCACACCUGCGACCAGAACGGCAACAAGACCUGCCUGGAAGGCUGGAUGGGACCAGAGUGCAACAAAGCUAUUUGUCGUCAGGGAUGUAGCCCCAAGCAUGGUUCUUGCACAAUUCCAGGAGAGUGCAGGUGUCAGUAUGGAUGGCAAGGCCAGUACUGUGACAAGUGCAUUCCACACCCGGGAUGUGUCCAUGGCACUUGCAUUGAACCAUGGCAGUGCCUCUGUGAAACCAACUGGGGUGGCCAGCUCUGUGACAAAGAUCUGAACUACUGUGGAACCCACCCGCCCUGCUUGAAUGGUGGCACCUGCAGCAACACUGGCCCUGACAAAUACCAAUGUUCCUGCCCUGAGGGCUACUCAGGACAGAACUGUGAAAUUGCGGAGCACGCCUGCCUCUCCGACCCUUGUCACAAUGGGGGAAGCUGCCUUGAGACAUCCUCGGGAUUUGAAUGUGUGUGUGCUCCUGGCUGGGCUGGACCAACCUGCACUGACAAUAUUGAUGAUUGUUCUCCAAAUCCCUGUGGUCAUGGAGGAACUUGCCAAGAUCUAGUUGAUGGAUUUAAGUGUAUCUGCCCACCUCAGUGGACUGGCAAAACGUGCCAGCUAGAUGCCAAUGAAUGUGAGGGCAAGCCCUGUGUCAAUGCCAACUCCUGCAGGAACCUGAUCGGCAGCUACUACUGUGACUGCAUUACUGGCUGGUCUGGCCACAACUGUGAUAUAAAUAUUAACGACUGUCGUGGACAAUGUCAGAAUGGAGGAUCCUGUCGGGACUUGGUUAAUGGUUAUCGGUGUAUCUGUUCACCUGGCUAUGCAGGAGAUCACUGUGAGAAAGACAUCAAUGAAUGUGCAAGUAACCCUUGCAUGAAUGGGGGUCACUGCCAGGAUGAAAUCAAUGGAUUCCAAUGUCUGUGUCCCGCUGGUUUCUCAGGAAACCUCUGUCAGCUGGACAUAGAUUAUUGCGAGCCAAAUCCGUGCCAGAACGGUGCCCAGUGCUUCAAUCUUGCCAUGGACUAUUUCUGUAACUGCCCCGAGGAUUAUGAAGGGAAGAACUGCUCCCACCUGAAGGAUCACUGCCGCACCACUCCGUGUGAAGUAAUUGACAGCUGCACUGUGGCAGUGGCUUCCAACAGCACACCCGAAGGUGUUCGCUACAUCUCUUCCAAUGUUUGUGGUCCUCACGGGAAGUGCAAGAGCCAGGCGGGUGGAAAAUUCACCUGUGAAUGCAACAAAGGAUUCACUGGCACCUACUGUCAUGAGAAUAUCAAUGACUGUGAAAGCAACCCCUGUAAAAAUGGUGGCACUUGCAUUGAUGGCAUCAACUCCUACAAAUGUAUUUGUAGCGAUGGAUGGGAAGGAACAUAUUGUGAAACGAAUAUUAAUGACUGCAGUAAAAACCCUUGCCACAAUGGUGGAACUUGCCGAGACUUGGUCAACGACUUCUUCUGUGAAUGUAAAAAUGGGUGGAAAGGAAAAACUUGCCACUCCCGUGACAGCCAGUGCGAUGAGGCGACGUGCAACAACGGGGGGACGUGCUACGACGAGGGGGACACUUUCAAGUGCAUGUGUCCUGCAGGAUGGGAAGGAGCCACUUGUAACAUAGCGAGGAACAGCAGCUGCCUGCCAAACCCCUGUCACAACGGUGGUACCUGUGUGGUCAGCGGGGACUCCUUCACUUGUGUCUGCAAGGAGGGCUGGGAAGGACCCACGUGCACCCAGAACACAAAUGACUGCAGUCCUCAUCCUUGUUACAACAGUGGCACUUGCGUGGAUGGAGAGAACUGGUACCGCUGUGAGUGUGCUCCAGGCUUCGCCGGGCCCGACUGCAGGAUCAAUAUCAACGAAUGCCAGUCCUCGCCCUGUGCCUUUGGAGCCACAUGUGUGGAUGAAAUUAACGGGUACCGUUGCAUUUGCCCCCCGGGUCGCAGUGGUCCAGCAUGCCAAGAAGUUACAGGAAGGCCUUGCAUUACCAGUGCUCGAGUCAUGCCAGAUGGGACUAAGUGGGAUGACGACUGCAAUACCUGUCAGUGUCUGAAUGGAAAAGUCACCUGUUCUAAGGUUUGGUGUGGCCCUCGGCCCUGUGUGCUGCACAGCAAGGGCCCCGGCGAGUGCCCCGCUGGCCACGCCUGUGUCCCUGUGCGGGAUGACCACUGCUUCACCCGCCCGUGUGCCGCCGUGGGGGAGUGCUGGCCCUCCAACCAGCAGCCUGUGAGGAACAAGUGCAACUCGGACUCCUACUACCAGGACAACUGUGCCAACAUCACCUUCACCUUUAACAAAGAAAUGAUGGCCCCGGGCCUUACCACAGAGCAUGUUUGCAGUGAAUUGAGGAAUCUGAAUAUUCUGAAGAAUGUUUCUGUUGAAUAUUCCAUCUAUAUUACCUGUGAACCUUCCCACUUGGCAAAUAAUGAAAUCCAUGUUGCUAUUUCUGCAGAAGACAUUGGGGAGGAUGAAAACCCCAUCAAAGACAUCACAGAUAAGAUCAUUGACCUGGUCAGUAAGCGCGACGGGAACAACACGCUGAUCGCUGCUGUCGCCGAGGUCAGGGUGCAGCGGCGGCCGGCCAAGAGCAAAACAGAUUUCCUGGUGCCCUUGCUGAGCUCGGUGCUGACAGUAGCCUGGAUCUGUUGCCUGGUCACCGUGUUUUACUGGUGCAUCCGAAAGCGCCGGAAGCAGAGCAGCCACACCCACACGGCCUCUGACGACAACACCACCAACAAUGUCAGGGAGCAGCUGAACCAGAUCAAAAACCCCAUUGAGAAACAUGGAGCAAAUACUGUCCCCAUUAAAGACUACGAAAACAAAAACUCUAAAAUCGCAAAAAUAAGGACACACAACUCCGAGGUGGAGGAGGAUGACAUGGACAAGCACCAGCAGAAGGCCCGAUUUGCCAAGCAGCCAGCCUACACUUUGGUAGACAGAGAUGAAAAGCCCCCCAACAGCACCCCUACAAAACACCCAAACUGGACAAAUAAACAGGACAACAGAGACUUGGAAAGUGCACAAAGCCUAAAUCGGAUGGAGUACAUCGUAUAGCAGACGGUGGGGUGCUGCCAUGCAGGGCCUUUGAGUAUCAUUAUAAAGGCACUCAAGAGCUUGUAGUUCUUAAACUGUUGUGUAAUAUUUGAGUCUAAGGCUAUUAUUUACUUAGAAUCCCUGUGUUAAUUUAAGUUUGGACAAGCUGGCUUACACUGGCAAUGAUAGUUGCUGUGGUUGGCUGGAAUACCAAGUGCUGCAUUUCACAUCUAUGCAAAACUAGUCAAAAGUGCCCUCCUGUAAAUUCAGCUGCAGCUGAUGCAUCACAGAAACGUUCCAUAAGGUAUUACAUAGCCUUAUUACUCUUCCUUAGUGUUCUUUUUUUUUUUUCUGCCAGAUGUUCCAAUUUAUACAGUUUCUUUAGAAUAAUACAUUUUAUUUAUAUUUAUUGAAUUUGAGUUUUUUGUAUAUUGGUUUUAUGGUGACGUACAACUAGUUCUGUAUUUGAAAGUGCCUUUGCAGCUCGGAACCACAGCAACUAUCAAAAAUAAGUUUAUUAUUUAUUUUUUUAUUGUAUUUUUGUUGGGGGCGGGUGGGGGGAACUUGUCAGCAGUUGCUGGUAAAUGAAGAAUUUAAAGAGGAAAAUGUGUCAAAAAUAGAAGUUUGUAUAGAUAUGUAAAUAAUUCUUUUUUUAUUAAUCACUGUGUAUAUUUGAUUUAUUAACUUAAUAAUCAAGAGCCUUAAAAUAUCAUUCCUUUUUAUUUAUAUGUAUGUGUUUAGAGUUGAAGGUUUUUGAUAGCAUUGUAAGCUCGUGGCUUCUCUAUUUUGAAUUUAUUUUCUUGUUACAUGUUGCCUAUAUGCCAAAACUAAGGUGUUCUAAAAUAGUUUAUUUUUAAUAGGAUGGGCUUUCAUGCCUUGAUGCUGGUUUUUGUACAAUGUCAAACGUUUGAAACACCUUCCAUAGUAUCACUUUAAGACUAUUUGUAAGUACUGACUGAGGCAGUUUAGAGAAUUAGACUAGAAAAUUUUUUUUGCUGCUUUAGACUUGAAAACCGAGUGACAGGCAGAUAAUCUGCUAAGAAGCAGUUUAAGGGAACAAAACUGAGCUAUUACUUUAUGUAGAUGAAAUGUGAGUGGUUGCAUGUAAUUAAAAAUAUCAAAUUAGCGUGUGAAGUUGG